AUGUCUAUGAUCACGGCCGCUCAAUGGGUUCCUCGGGGCUUUGCGGCCCCGUUUCCCCAAAAAUACACUUUGGACGAGAGCGAAUAUGAACGAAUAGCUGAACUCGCAAAACUACAGCUGGACGACGCUGAAGAGGACUUGAAGGGGGCGCAAGAAGAGGAUGGUUCUGAAGAGGAAGAGGUGAAAGAGGGUAAUGGAGAGAGCAUGGAGGUCGAAGGCGAAAAGCCAGCCGCUGAAGUAAAAUACGACGAUGACGACCUGAAAGAGUACGACCUAGAACAUUAUGAUGAUGACGACGAUGAAAACGAAACGCAUGCAGAUGGAACGGGAAUGGGAAUGUUUGGAAACCUCAAAGCACUGGCCUAUCACGACUCAAACAAGGACGACCCGUACAUUACGCUGAAUGACGGUGAGGAUGACGACGAAGAGAAAGAAGACCUCCAAAUUCUCUCUACGGAUAAUCUGAUUCUUUCCGCCAAGGUGGAAGACGAGCUUGCUCACCUCGAAGUUUAUGUGUUUGAAGAUGAUGGCGACAACCUUUAUGUGCACCACGACAUCAUGUUGCCCGCCAUUCCUCUCGCACUCGAGUGGCUCGACAUGCCGGUUGGCGAUUCCAGCGGUGACAAGAAUGGAAAGGGCAACUACGUGGCCGUGGGAACUAUGGACCCGGAUAUUGAAAUUUGGGACCUUGACACCAUCGACUGCAUGUACCCCAACGCCAUUCUUGGACAGGGUGCCAAUAAGGAGUCUGGCGAAAAGAAAAAGAAGAGCAAGAAGUCCAAGAAGGCCAAGGCCAACGACGCCUACCAUGUAGAUGCAGUGCUUUCACUCGCCGCCAACAGACAACACCGCAAUCUGCUAGCAUCUGCAUCUGCGGACAAGACAGUCAAGCUUUGGGACCUGAACACGACCCAAUGCGCCAAGUCUUACUCUUAUCAUACCGACAAGGUCUGCUCGCUGGCCUGGCACAACACCGAAGCCACUGUCUUGCUAAGCGGUAGCUACGACCGGACCAUCGUGGCAGCUGAUAUGCGGGCUCCUGACGCCAAAGCACCUCGAUGGGGUGUAGAAAGCGACGUCGAGAACGUGCGCUGGGAUCCUCACGACUCAAAUUACUUCUUCGUCUCCACCGAGAACGGCUGCAUCCACUACCACGAUAUUCGAAAUGCACCGUCAAAUCCUUCGGCUACCAAAUCAGUCUGGACACUGCAAGCUCACGACGAGUCCGUCUCCUCAUUCGAUAUCAACACUGUUAUUCCCGGCUUCAUGGCUACAGGAUCCACCGACAGAACAGUCAAGUUGUGGAACAUUCAACCCACCGGCCCCUCAAUGGUUGUGUCUCGCAAUCUUGACGUUGGCAAAGUCUUUGCCACUACGUUCGGCCCAGAUCCCGAGGUUGGAUUCCGCUUGGCUGUUGCGGGUAGCAAUGGAAACAUGCAAGUAUGGGAUACUAGUACCAACGCCGCGGUCCGGCAGGUAUUUGCGCAAAAGGUUCCCGCCCCGAAGGAGGACGCUGCCGAGGACCGUCUCAUUGGCGUGGAGGAGGACGAGAGUAGUUCAUCUGAGGAAGAUGGCGAGGGAGAGGGACAGGAGGAUGGAGACUCCAUGGAUGAGGACUAA